AUGCAAGCUCCAGAACCACUCAAAGUGGACUUUUUGAAUGAAAAAGAAGCAUUAGAGUUAUUUCAUAUCAAAGUUACAGAAGAAACUUUAAACUACGACCCUAGGAUCAGAGACCUAGCAAAAGAAAUGGCAGCAGAGUGUAAAGGGCUGCCUCUUGCGUUAAUUGUGGUAGGAAUUGCCAUGGCUGGUGUGGAAGAUGUUAACGUAUGGGAGUGCUCAAAAAAUAAGUUGACAAGUUCUCCAUGGACCAAUACAGAUUUCGAGACAAAAUUUUUUUCCAUCCUUAAGUUGAGCUAUGAUCAGUUGCCGGAUGAUACUCAUAGAAAUUGUUUCUUGUAUUGUGCAUUAUAUCCAGAAGACUAUGAGAUUCGGGUCACUGAUAUCAUUGAUAAAUGGAUAGGGGAGGGGUUUAUCUGUAGAGAUAUGACAAAAAGCAUACAAGACAUUCGUUAUGAUGGUCAAUCUGUGAUUGCAAAGUUGAAGCUUUGCUGCUUGUUGGAGAGUGUUGAAGAUAAUGUUGAUUUAGGUCGUUCGUUUAAGAUGCAUGAUAUGAUUCGAGAGAUGGCAUUGUGGUUAUCUUGUGACCAAGAUAAAAGAAUUAAAAGGGUUCUUGUACAAGGAGAUGCGAUAACAACAUCCCAUGAUGAUGUUGAAAAAUGGAAAAUUGUUGAGAGGAUUUCAAUCAUGAAUAGGGGAGUACAGCAUGUAGCACCUGUAACUUAUCCUAAUUUAGUAACAUUAUUGUUGAGGCAUUGUGGUAAACAAUAUUUGCAAAACCUGAAAUGCAUGACCAAAUUAAAGGUGUUAGAACUAUGUUGUCCUGAUAUAUGUGAACUUGAAGAAAUUAGUGAGUUAGUUUUGUUAGAAUAUCUUUUUUUAACGAUAAAUGGAUUUGACUAUCCCAAGGAGUUGAAGGAGUUGAAGAAUUUGAAGAAUUUGAAGGUAUUCAAUUUGUCCUUGAGAGAUGGUAAUAUUGUAAAUAUUCCAUCGGGAGUGAUAUCAAGUCUUCGACAAUUAAGAGUGUUGAGAGUUUAUUACGACGGGGAACUUGAAAAAAAUGGUGAAGCAGAGGAAAAAUUCAUAGAGGAGGUGGAAUCUUUGCCAAAACUUGAGGAAAUAAAUGUUGGAAUAGAAACAGAAAAAGGCCUCAACAAGUUACUUCAGUCACGUAAAUUGCAAAAUUGUAUAUAUGCUCUUCGCCUCGGUGGUUUGGACACCAUAGAGAUGCCUUUAUUAUUGGCAUGCAUUUCAAAAAUGAAGCACCUCCAACAAUUGGGUCUGCUUGGAUUAUCUGGUUUGAAAGAUUAUUCUGGUAUUUAUGAUGACACUUAUUGUCUAAGGAUGCUUCAAAGCGUGCUUAUCUCUAGUUGCCAUUCCUUAAUGCAUGUCACAUGGCUCAAGCAUGCUCCACAUCUUCAACAACUUGUCAUUGGUGACUGUGCAUCAGUGGAAGAAGUGAUAAAGGAAGAUGAGAAUGAGGAUUCUUCUUGUGUAUUCUCUUCUCUUGUAAACCUACAUCUGUAUGGAAUGCCAAAGCUUCAGAGCAUCCAUAAGACCGCUUUGUCUUUUCCUUCCCUAAAAACCAUCAAUAUAGGAAGAUGUACAAAUCUGAAAAGGCUACCACUUCAUUCCGACUCUGCCAAACAACUAAUUAUCCGCGGACACGAAGAUUGGUGGAACAGUUUGGAAUGGGACGCCAAACACAAUUUCCAAUCAAAAUUUCAGCCCUUCACGUCAGAUGACGUCAACAUAAAUUUUCAAGAUUGGUUUACUGCUGGGGGAUUGGAUUUCCUCAUUGGUUCUUACGACUUCCUUGAUAAUGAUAUCACUGAAGGUUGAUUAGCUUCUUUUUAAAAUAAAUUAAAGGACCACCAAACAUGGUGUGUGUGUAUUAUUAUUGAUGUUUUUCUUAUUUUGCUUUCCUGUUUGUGUAAACUUUUUGAUUCACCAUUACACCCUUCUGUACGUACAGAGCAAUGGUCAUUGGUCAAUAAUCUAUUUUGCGUUUUUCCUUU